CACCAGCGCGCUGCCGUCUCCUUUAAAAGUCCGCUGUGCCCCGAGUCCCACGCCAAUCCUUCACAUUCACGCGCGCUCGUUACGGGGAAUUGUUCUGUAAUUUUUUUCCCCCGUUAUAAGACGUCGAAGGUAGUGCUGCAGCUGUAAAAAUGAUUCCCAACUGUGUAGCAAGCGUUGGCAGGCGGGCGACCCAACGAAACUUCACCAGCUGGAACAAGAUUGUCUCCCUUUUCUUGCAUAAAAAGAAUAAUUAUGCAACUGAAGCAACCUUCGAAACUAAGCCCUUUCGCUUGCAUAAACUGGAAAGUGGGCCAUCAAACCAAGUUAAACUGACGAAAGAAGAUGCAUUAACUUAUUAUAAAAAAUUACACACUGUUAGACGAAUGGAGACGGCAGCUGGUAAUCUGUAUAAGGAGAAAAUCGUUAGAGGGUUCUGUCAUUUAUACUCUGGUCAGGAAGCAUGUGCAGUUGGAAUUACUGCAGCUCUUCGACCCCAGGAUUCGGUAAUAACUGCUUAUCGUGCACACGGUUGGACUUUUUUAAUGGGUGUAGAGCCUGUUGGUGUCUUGUCAGAACUCACGGGGCGACAAACUGGUAACGCUCGUGGAAAAGGUGGUUCUAUGCAUAUGUAUGCCAAGAAUUUUUAUGGAGGAAAUGGCAUAGUUGGUGCACAAGUGCCCUUAGGCGUUGGUAUCGCUUUUGCUCACAAGUACAUGAAUACCGGUGGAGUAUGCGUAGCACUGUAUGGUGAUGGUGCAGCUAAUCAAGGACAAAUAUUUGAGGUCUAUAACAUGGCCAAACUCUGGGACCUUCCUUGUAUUUUCGUCUGUGAAAAUAAUGGUUACGGUAUGGGUACCAGUGUAGAACGUGCCUCUGCCAGUGUAGACUACUAUACUAGGGGGGAUUAUGUCCCUGGAAUUUGGAUUGAUGGCAUGGACGUGCUGGCUGUUAGAGAAGGUGCCAGGUUUGCAGUUGAUCACUGUACAUCUGGAAAAGGUCCCAUUGUCCUCGAGGCUAUGACAUACAGAUACAGCGGACACAGUAUGUCAGAUCCAGGAACUAGCUAUCGUACAAGAGAAGAAAUUCAAGAAGUGCGUCAAACACGCGAUCCCAUCACAAGUUUCAAACAGAGAAUUCUUGAUGCCAAUCUUGUUACAACGGAGGAGCUCAAGAAAUUGGAAGCCGACAUCAGGAAACAAAUCGACGAUGCUGUAAAGUAUGCCAAGGCAGACAAAGAAAUUCCUUUGUCAGAACUAACAACCGAUAUAUACGUGAAUUGUUUAGAAAAGGAAAUUCGUAACGUCACGCCUUUCAACCCGUUACCUCAUGCCAGAUUAGGACCUGCGAUUAACGCCUGAAUCUUUAGAUCGUAUUAGGAAACUUCAAUCUUUAUAGAUUAAAUCUCGGAUGCCUAGUAUUUAUUUGGAGGACAUUUCCCAAGCUCGUCGUCGGCACUGCAACAGUUGCAAACUUCUUGAUGAUAAUCGACGACGGCGAAUGCCGAAAUAACGCUAAAUAGUCGAUUAAUCGAAUAGCCACAAGGAGAUACAAAUAAGGCCAUAAACAUUCGUUGUACAAAGAAUUUCUCAAUACUGGUAUUGUAAACAGCUAGCAAACAAGAAACCGAAAAAAUUGGGCAAUAAGAUACACAAUUUUUCUAGAAUUAUUCAAGAAAUAUGGAAUUUUGACAAUUAUUUCUUAAUGUACAGAAUGUGUUUAUUGCAUGUAAUGUAUAUAAAAGGAAGUAUCUUUCUACAUUUGUUUUAAGGCUUUGAAUCGGGAAGUUGAAUAGAAAAGUAGGAUAAGCAUUCGAAGAUAAUGCAUACAAUGUUUUAUAUGCUGAGUGGAUAUUCUGUUGUGGAACGUUUACAAUUUCUUAUUCAUAUAACUGUUUUACGAACACCGAUCGAUUGAGCCUAUGGAACGUGAUCUAUGCAAUUUUUCUUUGUAUCAUAUUUCUUCGAAAGUGGCCUAGUUUUAAUAUAUCUCUGAAUUGGAGUAGCUUUUUACGCUUAGCAGCUAUUGAAAAAUGCUGACGAGAUCCUAGGACCAAGUGCCAAGGAAUGCUACAUAAUUUCGAGUGAGGUCAUUCAAAUAGCGAACGCGUGUGGUCGCUUAGAAAUUUAGGUGGCAUAUGCCACAUAAAUGAAACGGAUAUCUAUGUACAUAUGUAUAUGUAAAUUGCCUGUUAAAUCAUAUAUAACAUUUUGUAGUUGACAAUUCAAGAACUAAGCGAUACAUUUUAACAUGUAGUUCGCGUACUAGUAUAAAAGAAACGUCAUACUUCUGUUGAAUACUGUUUAAAUAUUUUUGAAUGGAAGGAUUUAACAUCGAUAGUUAUUUUCCCUAUUAAUGUUAACGGGUAAUUAAUUGUAUGAGCAACUAGGUAAAAAGUAAGUACAAAAUGUAGGGAACGCCAUGGUUGUCGCGUGCGCGAGAUUUUUAUUGUUGAAAUUACCACUGAAUAUGCCAUUUGCUUAAAAUUGUACAUACAACAAAUAAGGUAGUUACCUGUACAAUAUCAUGUAACCAAUUUUAAGUAUCUUCAAAGUUAAGUGGAUGUGACCACCGUGGUGCAGUGUAUAAUUAUCAGAUGUAAACCUUCUAAAUUACAAGGAUUAAAUAUCUAUUAAUAUUA